CCUGCAGAGAGCAGCUGCUGGAGAAAGAGGAGGAGAUCUCUGAGCUGAAGGCAGAGAGGAACAACACCAGACUGCUGCUGGAGCAUUUGGAGUGCCUUGUGUCCAGACACGAGCGGUCACUGCGCAUGACCGUGGUCAAGCGGCAGGCCCAGUCACCUUCUGGCGUCUCCAGUGAGGUAGAGGUCCUAAAAGCACUCAAGUCCCUGUUCGAGCACCACAAGGCUCUGGACGAGAAGGUGAGGGAGAGGCUGCGGGUGUCAUUGGAGAGGGUUGCGGCAUUGGAGGAGGAGCUUGCAUCAGCAAACCAGGAGAUCGCAGCCUUACGAGAGCAGAAUGCCCACAUCCAGAGGAAGGUGGCACCAGGGGAGGGGGGAGAGGAGCUGCUGGAGGUCACCGAGGCUGGGCAGAAGGUCCAUGGCAAGCGUCUGUCCAACGGCUCCAUGGAGUCGGUGGACGAGGCCAGCCAGGUGGUGGAGCUGCAGGAGCUGCUGGAGAAGCAGAACUACGAGCUGGCCCAGAUGAAGGAGCGUAUGUCCUCGCUGUCCUCCCGCGUCUCCGAGGUGGAGCAGGAGCUGGAGACCGCCCGCAAGGACCUCAUCAAGUCUGAGGAGAUGAACAACAAGUACCAGAGGGACAUCAAGGAGGCAAUGUGUCAGAAGGAGGACAUGGAGGAGCGCAUUGUCACCCUUGAGAAGCGCUAUCUCAGUGCUCAGCGGGAGUCCACCUCUCUUCAUGACAUCAGCGACAAGCUGGAGAAUGAGCUGGUCAACAAGGAGGCCUUCCUCAGACAGAUGGAGGAGAAGAACAGGCAGCUGCAGGAGAGGUUGGAGCUGGCCGAACAGAAGCUCCAUCAGACCAUGAGGAAGGCUGAAACGCUGCCGGAGGUGGAGGCUGAACUGGCCCAGAGGAUUGCCGCUCUCACCAAGGCCGAGGAGCGCCACGGGAGCAUCGAGGAGCGCCUGCGCCAGCUGGAGGGCCAGCUCGAGGAGAAGAACCAGGAGCUGCACAGAGCCAGACAAAGAGAAAAGAUGAACGAGGAACACAACAAGCGCCUGUCGGACACCGUUGACCGCCUUCUGACUGAGUCCAACGAGAGACUGCAGCUCCACCUGAAAGAAAGGAUGGCGGCACUGGAAGAAAAGAAUGUUUUGAUACAGGAUUCAGAAAAUUUAAGAAAACAGCUGGAAGAUUCUCUGCAUGACAAAACUCAUCUUGCCGAUGAAAUAGAAAAGCUGAGAUCAGAAGUGGAUCAGUUGAGAAUGAGGACCGGGUCCCUCACAGAACCAACCUUGUCACGGUCUCACCUGGAUGCAUCUGCGGACCUCCGCUUCUCCCUGGGGUCCCUGGCGGAGACCCAGUCGGAGCACUACAGGUCGUCCAGGGUCGUCAGGAGGCCCCGGAGGGGUCGGACUGGCAUCCUGAGGGAUGACCAUAAGGCCAAAUCCCUGGGGGAACACGAGUGGCGGUCACAGCAGCUGGGCGUCCUCGGCGGCCACCACUUCGAGAGCGACACGGAGAUGUCGGACAUCGACGACGACGACCGCGAGACCCUCUUCGGCUCCAUGGACCUGCUGUCCCCGGGCGGUCACUCUGACGCCCAGACCCUGGCCAUGAUGCUGCAGGAGCAGCUGGAUGCUAUCAACAAGGAGAUCCGGCUGAUCCAGGAGGAGAAGGAGUCGACGGAGCUGAGGGCGGAAGAGAUCGAGAACCGUGUGGCCAGCGUGAGUCUGGAGGGGCUCAACCUGGCCCGAGUUCACCACCCAGGGACGUCCAUCACUGCCUCGGCCACCGCCUCCUCCCUGGCCAGCUCCUCCCCUCCUAGCGGACACUCCUCCCCCAAGCUCACUCCCCGAAGCCCCGCCCGUGACAUGGAGCGCAUGGGUGUUAUGACGCUGCCCAGUGACUUAAGAAAACACAGAAGAAAGAUUGCAGCAGUGGACGAGGACGGCCGGGAGGACAAGGCCACCAUCAAGUGCGAGACGUCCCCGCCCUCGACACCCCGCACCCAAGUGCGAAUGACCCACACGCUGCCAGCCUCUGCCCACAACGACGCUCGGUUGGCAGCGACCCUGGAGGCUGAUCCCAGCACCCUGAGCAGUGUCACCAGCAGCCAGGACUCCCUCCACAAGCAGCCGAAGAAGAAGGGCAUCAAGUCGUCCAUCGGCCGCCUCUUCGGCAAGAAGGAGAAAGCCCGGCUGGGUCAACUGGGCAAGGAGCUAGGCGGGCCCGGGCAAGGGGUGUCUGAUCCAGAGCUGAUUGGUCAAGAUAUGGCGGUGGGGAAGCUGGGCACACAGGCAGAGAAGGACAGGAGGCUGAAGAAGAAACACGAGCUGUUGGAGGAAGCCAGGAGAAAGGGUUUGCCCUUUGCCCAAUGGGACGGUCCCACAGUAGUGGCAUGGCUGGAGCUGUGGCUGGGGAUGCCUGCCUGGUACGUGGCGGCCUGCCGUGCCAACGUGAAGAGCGGCGCCAUCAUGUCAGCGCUGUCCGACACGGAGAUCCAGCGGGAGAUCGGCAUCAGCAACCCGCUGCACCGGCUCAAGCUGCGCCUCGCCAUCCAGGAGAUGGUGUCCCUCACCAGCCCCUCAGCGCCGCCCACCUCCAGAACUCCGUCAGGCAAUGUCUGGGUGACCCAUGAGGAAAUGGAGACCCUCGCGGCCCCCACAAAAACGAAGUCCGAUUCAGAAGAAGGAAGCUGGGCGCAGACUCUGGCCUACGGUGACAUGAACCACGAGUGGAUCGGUAACGAGUGGCUGCCCAGCCUGGGCCUACCCCAGUACCGCAGCUACUUCAUGGAGUGCCUGGUGGAUGCCCGCAUGCUGGACCACCUGACCAAGAAGGACCUGAGAGUGCACCUGAAGAUGGUGGACAGCUUUCACAGGACGAGUUUGCAGUACGGGAUCAUGUGCCUGAAGAAGCUGAACUACGACAGGAAGGAGCUGGAAAGGAGGAGAGAGCACAGUCAGCACGAAAUGAGAGAUGUGCUGGUGUGGAGUAACGAGCGGGUGAUCCGCUGGGUUCAGAGCAUCGGCCUGCGGGACUAUGCCAACAUCCUGCUGGAGAGUGGCGUGCACGGAGCGCUCAUCGCCCUCGACGACAACUUCGACUACAGCAGCCUGGCCCUUCUCCUCCAGAUCCCCAACCAAAACACUCAGGCACGACAGAUUCUGGAGAGAGAGUACAACAACAUGCUAGCCUUGGGCACGGAGAGACGGCUGGACGAAGACUUUCAGCACGGGCCGUCCUGGAGGAGACAGUUCCCCCCACGGGACGUCCACGGGAUCAGCAUGAUGCCCGGCUCGGCCGAAACGCUGCCCGCCGGCUUCCGCCUCACCACCACCUCUCGCAGGAUGCCACCAGAAGUCGGCCCGUCGGCGAUACAGCGGCUGGACAGCUCCACUGUGAGGACCUACUCCUGUUGAGGCGCCGGCAGGCUGUCUUCACGUUUUCAUGGGGCUUGAGCCCACGCUCCGACGUUGAUGUGGUCUCCAGGCCAGAGAGCCAUGGCCUGGAUCGAAUCUCAGACGAGUCACUGCCAAGAAGACCCCAUCCCCCCCAGCCAACCA